AAAAUUACACGAAUGCCGUUCAGAAAAAGUACAUACACAUACAGAGAGAGUAUAUAAGACCGCCGCUCAUCAUCAUCAUAUUUGACUGAAAUCAAAUCUUCUAAAACCCUAGACUAUCUCAUUCAACUCUAUUCAAGUUAAUAUAGCUGAUUGCAAUGUCCGGUGCGACCGAGACUAGCUUGACUUGUGCUCGUUGCGGCAAGCCUGCUAAUCUCCAGUGUCCAAAGUGUGUGGAAUUAAAGCUUCCUUGUGAAGGUGCUGCCUUCUGCACGCAAGACUGUUUUAAAGCUUCCUGGAGUUCUCAUAAGUCUAUUCACCAGAAAGCAAAGUUGUCUUGUGAAAAUGAUACCGGAGCUGAACAGAAUUCAGUGGCACCAAAUGACUGGCUAUACUGUACAAGAAAAGGACAAUCUCGAACACCUAAACUUCCCAUCUUUGAUUGGACAGGGACUCUGAAGCCAUAUCCCAUAUCAAAGCCUCGUCUUGUACCUGCUCACAUCGAUAAACCUGACUGGGCGAUUGAUGGAACUCCAAAAAUAGAGCCUAGUAGUGAUCUUCAGCGUGUUGUCGAGAUUAAAACACCUGAACAAAUCGAGAGGAUGAGGGAAACUUGCCGAAUUGCUAGAGAAGUUUUGGAUGCAGCUGCUCGUGUUAUUCGACCAGGUGUCACCACCGAUGAAAUUGAUGCUGUAGUUCAUGAGGCAACAAUAGCUGCUGGAGGAUAUCCAUCACCCUUAAAUUAUUACUUCUUCCCAAAGUCUUGCUGCACGUCAGUCAAUGAAGUAAUCUGCCACGGGAUUCCUGAUGCUAGGAAAUUAGAGGAUGGGGAUAUUGUAAAUGUUGAUGUAACUGUAUACUUCAAAGGAGUUCAUGGUGAUCUCAAUGAAACAUUCUUUGUCGGAACUGUUGACGAGGCAUCUCGACAGCUGGUUCAAUGUACUUACGAGUGUUUGGAGAAAGCAAUUGCAAUUGUUAAACCUGGAGUACGAUUUCGAGAAAUUGGGGAAAUUAUUAAUCGCCAUGCUCUAAUGUCAGGGCUCUCUGUGGUGAAGUCAUAUUGUGGUCAUGGAAUUGGAGAGCUUUUCCAUUGUGCACCAAAUAUUCCUCACUACGCAAGAAAUAAAAUGGUGGGUAUAAUGAAGCCUGGGCAGACCUUUACCAUUGAACCUAUGAUUAAUGCAGGUAAUUGGCGUGAUCGGAUGUGGCCUGAUGGUUGGACUGCUGUCACAGCUGAUGGAAAACGAAGUGCUCAGUUUGAACACACACUUCUGGUGACGGAAACAGGAGUUGAAGUUUUAACAGCUCGUUUACCUACAUCCCCCGAUAUGUUCCCCUGGUUGAAGUCCUAAUUAGUUCUGCACAACGUUUUGCACUUGAAAAGCUGGAUCUCGCAAGAAUGCGCAAUAGUUGGUUUGAUGUUUUGUUGUUGCAGUUAAAAAGCUGGAUCUCAGGGAAUGACUCAAUAGUUGGUUUGAUAUUUGAUUUAUUUGCCCCUUUCUUGGAACCAAUUCUGCUGUACUUCAGUACUUGUAUCUUAUUAGACGAUCUUUGGACAGGUUUAAUUACCAUCACAUUUUCAUGAAUUUGCUUCAACUUUCAUGUUACAACACACAAAACACAUAUUACUUUGAUUUGGCUUUUAAAAUAUUUGAGACAGUAGUCUUAUUACUGGC